CUCAGUCUGAAGAACUCCUGGUGCACGUUGGGAGAACCACGACGGAAUCUGGAAGCCAAGAUGUGGGCUGUCGCGUCCGCGGGAGUCGGUGUGCUGUGGGCGCUGCUGGUCGCCCUUGUGCCCGGCGGCGCGUCGGAGCUUGUGACACUGGUGCAAGAACAGGUCAAGCCCGAGUCCCCGCUUCUGAAACCCAAGGUUAUGAUCGCCAUCAUUGCUCGUAACGCCGCGCACAGCCUGCCACACUACCUGGGCUGCAUCGACAGGCUGGAGUACCCGAAGGAGCGCAUAGCGAUCUGGACAGCAACGGACCAUAAUGUGGAUAACACCACUGCUUUGUUGAGAGAAUGGCUGAAGGAAGCUCAGAGCAUUUACCACUACGUGGAGUGGAGACCAAUGGAGGAGCCAAGGUCCUACACAGAUGAGUGGGGUCCAAAGCACUGGCCUCCUUCCAGAUUCAACCAUGUAAUGAAGUUGAGACAGGCGGCUCUGAAGGCUGCUCGGGAAAGAUGGGCAGACUACAUACUGUUUGUUGACAGUGACAACUUGUUGACCAACCCUCAAGUGCUGCACCUGCUGAUGGCUGAGAAUUUAACUUUGGUGGCUCCCAUGUUGGAGUCUCGCUCUCUCUACUCCAACUUCUGGUGUGGCAUCACCCCACAGGGUUACUAUAAGCGAACGCCUGACUAUCAGCCUAUCAGGGAGUGGAAGCGGCUCGGCUGUUUCCCUGUUCCCAUGGUGCACAGCACCUUCCUAUUGGAUCUGCGUCGUGAAUCCAGCAGGGACCUGGCCUUCUACCCACCUCACCCAGAUUACAGCUGGGCAUUUGAUGACAUCAUGGUGUUUGCUUUCUCAGCACGCCAAGCAGGUGUGCAGAUGUAUGUGUGUAAUAGAGAACACUACGGUUUCCUGCCCGUCCCUCUAAAGGCACAGCAAAAUGUGGAAGAUGAAAGAGAGAGCUUCAUACACACCAUCACAGAAGCUUUGAUUGACCAUGACAUCCAUCCCUCUGAGUACGUGUAUUCGACGCCCUCAUCGCCAGACAAGAUGGGCUUUGAUGACAUUUUCCUGAUUAACCUGAACCGGCGGCUGGACCGAAGAACCAGGAUGUUGAAAACAAUAGCCCCUCUCGGUUUCAAUGCCACACUGAUAAAUGCAGUGGAUGGAAAGGCUCUGAAUACAUCCCAGCUUCAGGCGCUGGGAAUUGAAAUGAUGCCAGACUACAAAGACCCGUACUCCGGUCGCGUCCUCACCAGAGGGGAGAUCGGCUGCUUCCUUAGUCAUCACUCUAUAUGGACACAGAUGAUUAAACAAGGUCUCCAGAAGGUUCUGGUUUUAGAAGACGAUGUGAGAUUUGAGCCCAGGUUUAAACGAAGACUUCAGGCCAUAAUGGACGACAUAGACAGAACCCAGCUGGACUGGGACCUCAUCUAUGUGGGGCGGAAGCGAAUGCAGGUGCAGCAGCCAGAGCAGUCAGUGGAUGGAGUGAACAACCUGGUAGAAGCUGACUAUUCAUACUGGACGCUCGCUUACGUGCUUUCACAGAAAGGUGCCAAAAAAUUACUGGACGCUCAGCCUUUCACACGGAUGCUGCCUGUGGACGAAUUCCUGCCAGUCAUGUUUAAUAAACACCCCAAUGUUCAGUACAUGUCUCACUUUGAGCUGCGGGACCUGAAGGCCUUCUCUGUGGAGCCACUGCUCAUCUAUCCCACCCACUACACUGGCGAGCCAGGCUACAUCAGCGACACAGAGACUUCCACCAUUUGGGACGACGAGGCUGUGGCCACAGACUGGGACCGGCAGCACGCACGCAAGACAGCCCAGCAAGGUCGCAUCAGGCCCGUGGCGCAGAACAGCGUCACCGGAGAUUCACCACCUCCUGCAGCUCGAGCUUUACGGGACGAACUCUGAAACAGAGAUGUGAGACUUGGAGGAAAAGAUGAUUUCUACUUUGUACACACAUUGAAUUUUGUGUGUACCCACACUUGAAAAGAUACUUGAACAGUGAGAUGACUUUCCAUAAAUGCUUUCACACACACAUGCACAGGUGGAUUAAAGCAAAAAUUAGAUGUCCAUCUAAUCUGCUGCCUGAAGAGGGGACGCAGAGCAGAACAAAGGCCAGAUGUGAAAGAAAAACAAACACGUGAAUAAAUUUUUAUGUUGUUAAAGAAAAUAUAAUGCUAUUUAAACAGAGCAGAUGCGUUUUAACAAGACAGCUGAAGAAUAAAAGAACCUUAAAGCUGUCUGAAAACACCUCUUUUGUGAAACUGUGCAUCAAUAUUACUGUAUUUAAGUGUUUUUGAGGGUGCCGGCAUGCAUAUAUACAUAUGCAUGUACUUACAGAACUGAACAUGUGUGCAAGGAGAGGGGCUGACAUAUCGUACCCAAGGGUGUCACUUCUUUGGAUGAUGUAAUGGAGACACACUCAAACAAGCUCACAGAAAGAAUGAAAGUGCAGCCUUUCUUGCCAAGCAGCAGGACAGUAACAGUUGCCCACAUUUUUUGUUAUUCCAAAAAGAAAAUCUUUCACAGCAGGCUGGUCCUGCUUAAUAGCAUUUUAGAGCAUCGGUCACACAGAACAAGUAGAUAUCAAGAUAAAUGCUGCAGUGUCAGUCUGAAGCUUUUACAAUUUAUGUGUUUUAAGAUUUUUGGGAAGACUUCUGGAUUCUUUUAUAUUUUUUUCAUCAACCUCAACACAGGCUUUUCUUUGUUCACUUUGCUGCUGGGUUGAACCAAUUAAACAACUUCCAUACUUCUGUGUUUUCACUCACUCUGCAGCAGACGUUUUCUGUCUUUCUGGAGCAGUUUGGGUCAUUAUUGUUGUACUGCCAUGGUGGAGUGUUUGGAGACAGAAGCGAAUAAAAAGAUCCCUUGGGCUGAUUCAAGUUCACAAAAACAAAAUGGAAAAUGCAUGACCCCCCCAAUUUCUGUGUAAAAAAAACUGUGCUAAGUAAUGUAUAUUAUUGUUUAAUCUGUUGAG